CGCGGGGGGAACAUGUCUCGUGCCGCGCGCACCGCCGCGCGCUGUGUUUACAACCCGUAUAAUCGCAGCCGAAUCGCACACUUGCACAGACAGUAAUAUGAACGCGCGCGGCGAACGAACACUCUCAUUCAUGAAAGUCAGUUGACGAGUGAAAAUGCGAUGGACCGAGUGAUAAUGCUAAUCGAAGUGAUACUGUUGUGUUUUGUGGCGGCAGCGUCGCCGGACGCGUGCGUGCGUGGGCCGAGCGGUGUGGAGUGCGAGGUGCCGGCUCUCUCCGAGCGGGACGUGGGUUCGAUGCACUCGGACGGCGCGGACCGCCUGCUCGUCCGCUGCCAGCAGCCGCGGGAGAGCACGCUGAAAGACCACCACUUCGGCCGGAUGCAGGGCCUCACCGAGAUCGUUAUCGACAGCUGCAAGAUCCUCCGGCUGCCCGGCAACGUCUUUGAGGGGCUGCGAGGCCUAAAAUCCCUGACGUUGCACUCCAUGAACAACGAUUGGGGUCCGAAUAAGGAACUCGAGCUGUCCCUCGGCGCCUUCAACGGCCUCCGCGAGCUGCACACGCUCGAUCUCGGCUACAAUAACAUAAGGAAGAUACCUUCGGACCUGUUCUGCGCGCUCGAGAACAUCAUCUCCCUCAAUCUCACCCGCAACAAGCUGAAGUUUGUGGACGAGCUGGGCUUCGGGCACAAGUGCGGGUCCACCCUGCAGACCAUCGACCUCAGCCACAACGACAUCAUGUCGCUGCCCGCCGACUCCGAGAUAUUCCACCUGCGGAGGCUCACGCAGCUCUUCCUGCAGAACAAUAAAAUAAGUGAGCUGCCCACCGAAGUGUUCAGUGAUUUGUUGUUGUUGAAAGUUGUGAACUUGUCGGAGAACGCGAUCAACUACUUGCCGGAGACUCUGUUUCGGAACACUAAAGAGAUCCGUGAGAUAUACUUAAGUAAUAACAUGCUGGAGUUGCUGCCCAAGCGAUUGUUCAGUAAGCUGGAUCAGCUGGUAGUUUUAGAUCUUUCGGCUAACAGAUUAUUGGGCGAUCACAUAGAAGAUGAAACGUUCGGCGGCCUAAUAAGGUUGAUCGUGCUCGAUCUAUCGCAAAAUCAAAUUACCCGAAUUUCCCGGAACAUUUUUAAAGAUUUAUUCUUUUUGCAAAUACUCAAUUUGAGCAACAACUCCAUCGGUUUCAUCGAGGACAAUGCGUUUUCACCUUUGUUCAAUUUGCAUACGUUAAAUUUGGGCCAAAAUAAACUUCGGACUGUCGAAGACUUUGUAUUCAACGGUUUGUUUAUACUGAAUAAAUUAAGUUUGAAUGGUAAUUUACUGUCGUAUGUAGGUGAGAAUGCUUUUAAAAAUUGCUCUGAUCUCAAAGAAUUGGACUUGAGUUCGAAUAAGUUGACGAAAGUGCCCGAGGCGAUUUUGCAAUUACCGUUUCUUAAAUCUUUAGACUUAGGGGAAAACUUGCUUCUCGAAAUCUCAAACAAUUCCUUCCAAAAUUUAUCUCAGCUGACGGGUUUGCGUUUAAUAGACAAUCAGAUAGGGAACCUCACGGCGGGUAUGUUUUGGGGCCUGCCUAGUUUGCAAGUUCUCAAUUUAGCCAAAAAUAAAAUACAAGCUAUCGAAACUGAAACCUUUCAAAAGAACACGCAAUUGGAGGCCGUUCGAUUGGAUUCCAACUUCAUAUCAGAUAUUAAUGGGGUUUUCGUGUCGCUAACGAAACUGCUAUGGCUGAACCUAUCCGAAAAUCAUUUGGUAUGGUUCGACUACGCCUUCGUUCCUCCUAAUCUAAAGUGGCUCGAUAUACAUGCAAAUUUUAUCGAGAUACUCGGUAAUUACUAUAAAAUACAAAAAGAUCUCCGGAUUAAAACACUCGACGCGAGCCAUAACCGUAUCGUUUCUUUAUCGGCCAUCUCCAUCCCCAACAGCGUAGAGUUACUCUUUAUAAACAACAAUUUUAUCACCGCCAUCGAAAUCGAUACGUUUCUAGAGAAAAAUAAUUUAAAGCGAGUCGACAUGUACGCCAACGAGAUCGAAACGAUGGACAUAAAUAGUUUGCGCAUAUCGAGCACCGACGCCGAGGCGCUGCCUGAAUUUUACAUAAGUGGCAACCCAUUUCGAUGCGACUGUACAAUGAAAUGGCUCCUGCUUAUAAAUUCCAUAACGCCGCAUCAAUAUCCACGCGUCAUGGAUCUAGAGAACGUAAUCUGCAAGGAGUCGUACGUUCGAGGCGUAAAAUAUCUCCCGGUUAGUUCGUUACGCACCAAAGAUUUUCUCUGUAAAUACGAAAGCCACUGCCUCGACGACUGCCAUUGUUGUGAUUUCAGCUUCUGUAAUUGCAAAAUUGUUUGUCCCAAUAACUGCUCGUGUUAUCACGACUCGACCAAAACAACCAACGUCGUCGAUUGCUCGGUGAAACAACAGAGCGCGAUGCCUCGAGACUUCCCGACGGGCGCUACUCAUAUUUAUUUAGAUGGCAAUUUUUAUAGUACGCUCAACGAAACCGUUUUCGAUUCGAUGCACCGAGCUCUCGUAUUGUACCUCAACUCUAGUAGUAUUACGAGCAUACAAAACGAAACGUUUCGUAAUCUCGUCGACUUGCAGAUAUUGCAUUUGGACGACAAUAAACUAAAACGAUUACGCGGCCUAGAAUUCGAGAAGCUGAGUAAAUUAAAGGAGCUGUAUUUACAGAAUAACCUCAUAGAGUCCAUUUCGAACGCGAGUUUUUCACAUUUAAAUUCUCUGGAAGUUCUGCGCCUGGACGGAAACAGACUCGUAAACUACGGGCUGUGGCAUUUAGAUAAUAACAAGAAAUUGCAAACUCUUUUCUUGGGCAACAAUAACUGGUCCUGCAAUUGUAAAUAUCUGCAAGGCUUUCUCACGUACAUAUCACAGAACGUAGACAAAGUUUUCGACUUACACAGCACAUGGUGCGUCAACGAGAGCACUAAAUCUAAAAAACCACUGAACUUAAAUGUGACUAUUUGCAGCGAAAUAUCAGAUUCGACUGCCAUAAGCGCGUUUUUCGUAUCUAAUAAUAUCCCAUUACUGGCGUCGAUCCUGACCGGGUUUAUGCUCAUUUUACUGAUAUUAGCGCUAGUAUUUACAUUUAGAUACGCGUGUAGGAUGUGGCUGUACUCGAAUUGCGGCAUCAAGCUCGCCCCGCUAACGAGCGCUCUCAGCGACACCGAUAAACUUUACGACGCCUAUAUUUGUUACAGCCCCAAAGACGAGGACUUUGUCGUAGAGUCGUUAGCGAGGGAGCUCGAGAACGGUUAUCCGUCGUACCAUCUCUGCCUCCAUUAUAGAGACGUGCCGCAAUUCGAGGCCACCUACGCGCAGUUCCCCGACCUAGUCGUCGAGGCGACGGAGGCCUCGCGACGCAUCAUUUUAGUCCUGACUAAGAACUUCAUUCUGACCGAGUGGUCGCAGGUAGAGUUCCGCCAGGCUCUGCAGCGGGCGCUCCGCAAGAAUCCGCACAAACUGAUCGUAGUCAGCUCCGGGUUCGUAACUCGGGACCCGGAACUGAAGUCCUACUUGAAAUCCGGAUUAGAGAUCACGUGGAAGGAGAAGCGGUUCUGGGAGAGAUUACGAUACGCGAUCCCGUCGACAAAGAAGCGCGGGCAUAAACUAAAGAGGCUGAACUAUGGGCGCAGCUCGAACACGUACACGAUGGAUGCGUCCGUCUUGAACAGCACCUGUCAGACGUUGUGCGGCAAGUCUGCCAACUCUGCCGAGCGCUCGCCCUGCGACCGCCCGCUCUCGGAGCACAUAUAUUCCACCAUCGACUCAGACUACUCCUCCAAUGACCUCCAGGGCAGGCACCCCCACGUGGUGCAGCACACGGUCCAAACGUACCUGGUAUAGAUCUCAAUGUAGCCGCUUUCUUAUUGUAAAUAGACCUCGGGGAUUAACCGACACGUUUUCUUUAUUUCUUCUUAAAAAAACGGCGAUCAAAAAUGUUUGGAAUUGACAUAAUAUAAUAUGAACUCGACAUUCGAUUCAUGUCAUGUCAAUUCCAUACAUUUUGAUCGGCGACUCUAUAAAGAAGAGAUAAAGAAAACGCGUUAGCUGAGCCCCUCGUACCGUUUAUAGAACUUUUGUACAAUAAUGAUACCAAAUUUUCGCAUUUCGUACGAUAUGCUUGUAAGUAAAUAUUUAUUGCAUUUGUAUAGUAAUUUAAAAUUUAUAAGUAUUAAUUGGAAAGACUGUAAAUUAUUAUUUUGUAGUUUUUAAUAAAUUAUGGCUGAUGUUUGUAUAGAUAUAUAAUAAAAGGUUUACAAAGAG